UGGUGUUGGUUGAAGCUCUACUUGGGCUUUUGGCCCCUAAAAAAGAGUUUGGUGAUGAUAUGUUGAUGAUAAGCAGGGCCUACAAAAUUACAAAAAGCAUGUUUCUAUGAAUUCUAUCUAUUGGAGAAGUUGUAGCUAGAAUUAGAUAUUACUCAUGUUGGCCCCGGUAGCUGAUAGCCGAAGUUGAUCAUAUUAGUUGGUUUGACUAAUUGAUUGUACAAAAAGUUUUACAUACAACCGAUGUGCAGUAAAAUACUGAACAACCGGUUUUUCGCACGUGUGAACAGUAUUUUUUUUUUUUUUCCUUUUUCCAAAAUAACUAACAUCUUCUUCAGCAAGCUACAAUGGAGGAGAGAGAAAACUCCAAUUUUCCAGAUUCAAAGCUCCUUCACCAAGCAACCAUGGAGGAGAGAGAAAUCUACAAUUUUCGAUCAACAAUGCCGGAAACCUCCAAAGCUUCCAAUUACAAAAACCUAAUGCGCGAAUUUCUGCAAUUACAAAGAGAAAAUCGACCACCAUUAACGCAACAUCCAGAGAAAACAUGGAGUUUCGACCUCAAUCAAACAUUCAGAGAAGGUGAAGCAGAGAAUUUCGUUGAUGAUUUCGAUGAAUUUAAUGAUGAUAACAUUCAAAACUCAAAAGUUCCAGAAAUUCAAAUACAAGAUAUUGAAAAUCAAGGUGUUUCAAAUACAUUAGAAGAUGAAGAUCAAGUUAUUCCGAACACACUAGAUGAAGAAGGACAACCAGUAGAUGAAGACGAAGGUUUACACAUUGUCUCUAUUUAGAGACUUUGAAGAGGAAUUUGGCUACUCAAUAGCGACCACAGUACAAAUUCUAGGGAGAACUGAAGAAAACAUUAUUCUUUAUGAAGUAUCGCUAGAAGAAAAGCCAUGGUCUUCCCAACACGUAAGUUACAUACAUGAGAGCCAAACUAUAUGGUGCACUUGCAAGAAUUUUGAAGCUUCUGGUUGGCUAUGCUAUCACUGCCUCAGAAUUUUACAUCUACAUUCUAUUACAAGAAUUCCAGAGAAGUACAUUAGCAAAAGAUGGACAAAGCUUGCAAAAACUGAAGUAUGGAAUAAAAUGGAAAAUAAGGAUCCAAAACUCCCAUAUACACCAUGGAGACAUACAAUGAUGAGAAAAUAUUAUAACUUAAUCUUAAAGAGUCAAGAAAAUGAAAAGGCAAGAGCAUUCAUGGAGGAAAACUUCAAAAACUGUAUGAAAAUGGUGGAAGACUUACUUGCGGCCGAAGCUUUUACAGAGGAGGUUGCUGCAAGUGAUGACAAUUCUAAUGUGGCAGAGAGUGCUCAGAGUACCAAUAAUACUGCUUCUUCAUCAACAAGUACAACCAUACCCACUAUAUUAGACCCUAAGAGAGCUGUAACAAAGGGAAGAAGCAAGAGAGCAAAAGGAGCACUU